UGCAAACAGUAUAAACGACGUCGUUUGCCAUGGAAAGGAAUUUUUGGCCACGGUUAUUCUGAAGUGAAAUAUCGAUUUUACUAUAUUUAAAGUUUUGAAGGUUGUUUUCCUUCUCUUCUUCACAAUCACGCGGGACUUUGUUUGCAUUGCCCCUCAUUUGAAUUACUGCGCGUAUUUCGUCACUCUCUCUCUCCCCUUCCCCCUCCCUUCAUUGGCAGAAGAGUUCUCUCUCUUUUCCUUGGAUGGGAAACCUGCGUUUUAUUUUUCGUAAUGCUUACAAGUUGUUCGGCAAAAUUACCCAACGACACAGUUUUUCAAGAAACGACUUACAUAUUUUAUGUUACGGUACCUUGCCGCAAAAAUACUCAUAUACGAAUCUAAUCGAUCUUUCCGAUGAUGAAAAGGACAAUGUAAUAUCAUUUACAUCAAAAGUUUCGAAUUUGGUGAGGAAAAACAAGCCGGAAGAAGCUAUUGGUUUAUUUAAAACGGUUUUUAUGAGUGAUCGAAGGCUCAAUUACGUGACGGUUUUGAGCUUAGCACGUGCCUUCGGUGCAUUCAGUUGUUUAGAAUUGAUUAAAAUGGUUCAUGGGCUGGUCAUCAAAAUGGGGUUUGAAUCAGAAGUAAUAGUUUUAACUCCUAUUCUUGGUUUUUAUUGUGAUCAUGACAUGGCAGUUGGGUGGAAGUUAUUUGAAAAAAUAUUGAAUAAAGAUGUUGUUUUGUGGAGUGCAAUGGUUGCAGUGUGUGUGAAGAGUGGGCAAUUCAUUGAAGCCAUUGAAUUGUUUAGAGAAAUGCAGUGUCACGGUGUCAAACCGAAUCAUGUUAGUGUUGUGAACAUGUUGCCUGCUUGUGCGUAUAUUUGUGAUGGUUUCUCUCUUGGCAAGCAGAUUCAUGCAUUUUCAAUAAGGAGGCUGCUUAUUUCGUUUACUAAUGUUCAAAAUUCUCUUAUAGAUAUGUAUGCUAAGUGUAAGAAUCUCAGGGCCUCCAUUCGGGUUUUUGAUGGUAACUGGAAGAAGGAUUUGAUCUCAUGGAGGAUUAUGAUCCGGAGUUGUAUGGAGAAUGAUUGCACCAGAAAAGCUUUGGGUUUCUUUUCCUUGAUGCAAUCUUGUUGUUUUGAACCAGAUGAAACUAUAAUUGGGGACAUACUCGCAUCAUUAUUACAGUUGGAAGAGACGAAAUUUGGAUUGUCAUUUCAUUGCUACAUAAUAAAAAAAGGAUUUUUGAAUUUUGCUUUCCUUGGGACUACACUUCUCCAACUGUAUGGUAGGUUUGGUCAGUUGGAUAUGGCUAGGAAUUUGUUUGAUCAGUUGAGUCUCAAGGAUGUCAUUGCUUGGACUGUAAUGAUCUCUGUAUAUGCCCAAGGAGGGCAACCUCAUAAUGCUCUAAGUACAUUUAAGCAAAUGCAAUUGAAGAAUGAGAAACCUAAUGAGUUCACUUUUGUUGGUCUGCUACUAGCAUGUUCUUCAGUGGGAGUUCAAGAGCUUGGGGAGAGUAUACAUUCCCAUUUAAUUAAAGUCGGCUACACAUCAAAUGCAUACUUGACAUCAGCCUUGAUUGAUUUGUACUGCAAAUAUGGCAGGAUAAAGCAAGGAAAGGCUCUUUUCAAUGACAUUUCUAAAAAAGAUCUAAUCUGCUGGAGUUCAAUGAUUAAAGGUUAUGGGAUGAAUGGGUAUGGAGAUGAGGCUCUUGAAACUUUCUCAAACAUGUUGGCUUCAGGGGUUAUGCCCAAUGAUGUUGUUUUCAUUUCUGUUUUAUCUGCUUGUAGUUACUGUGGACUAGAAUAUGAGGGUUGGAGCUGGUUUCACUCUAUGAAGGAGAAAUAUAACGUUACCCCAAAACUUGCGCACUAUGCUUGCAUGGUGGAUUUGCUCAGUCAUCAAGGGAAAUUUGAAAAAGCUUUUGAAUUUGUCAGCAAAAUGCCUGUCAAGCCUGAUAAAAGAAUCUGGGGAGCUCUACUUUCUGGUUGCAGAUCAACAUGCGGGUCAACCGAGAUAGCAGAGUUUGUGGUUGAACAACUCACUACCUUGGACCCACAAAAUUCUAGCUAUCGUAAGAUUUUAUCGGACAUGUAUGCAGAGGAAUAUAUGGCAUUAUGAUGUGGAGAAACUAGAAAAUGUUGGAUGUGAAUUGAUGAAGAAAGACAUCUUGUUUCGCAUGAUGAAGCAAAUUAACAAUUCUUAUAUUCUUUCUAUCGGUAUAUGCACUAUGCAGCAGGCAAAUUAAUAAUUCUUAUAUUCUUUCUAUCGGGUAUAUGCACUUUGCAGCAGGUAAGUUUGUUUAAUUGAUUUACUAAAUUUGUAUGCUGCUUUUUGUGAUAAUGUGAUAAGAUAUAAUUUUAACACUAAUAAAAGCUGAAGAAAUGAGAGUGUCUUAGUUUUGAUUCUCUCAGUUCACUUGUCAUUUUGUGUUUCUUACAAAUAAGCCAUCAAAAUAAUGAUUAUGGAAGAGAAGUCAAGAUUUUGGAUUUCUUUUGAUUAAUAUUAAUAUUGACUGGAGAUUUGUUUGAGUAAAGAAAAACAGUGUUGCUUGCCUUCUCAGCAGGUCCACUUAGAUUUCAGGUGAAGUUGACACAUCUCCUAGUUUUAUAUUGCUGUUUUCUUUCUAGAAGAAGAAUUGAGAAAAUGCAGAUACGUUCCCUGAAUUCUCAAAUCUGCAACUUAUCUCAAACAGAAGAUAAUGUGGAAGCUUCAAUUUGGAAAAGGUGUUUUAGGCAAAUGUAAACUAUUGUCCUACAUCUAAUAAAUGCAAAACUGCAACUUAAAAUUUAUUUCUAUGCAGUUAUAUUUGACAUGCAUUAAUUUUGGGAUGGAUUAGAGAUAUCUUAAAUUGCCCUUCCAAUAGGUUCACUGUGGAAUUGAGUGAGCUUGCGAAACUGCCAGUACUAAGCAUUUCUUCUUUCAUGUGCACAGAGACACACACAUGAUUCGAAGUGCUUCCUGUUAAUGCUGAAGGCAUUGAACAUUUAAACUUCUUUGGUACUCUCUCCCCUUUGAUUAUAAGAAAGUCAUGUUGGCAUACUCUUAGAUUUUCUCCUUGAAGUAGGAUAAUCUAUUUUUUAUCAAUUCAUCUUUUAAACUAUUGGAGCUUACUAGCUGUUUUAAUUUUAUCUAUUUUUUUCAUAGGAACAUAAGCCUAUUACAUCAUUGUACGAAUUGGAACUCAAUAACAUAGAAGCAAAGUAUCAUCAGCUAAAGAUGAGAAGGUCUGGUGGAAUGAGAUGUUCAGAUUUGAAUUCCCUCAGUCUGAUUGGCGGAACUUCACCCAUAUCAAAUUUAGAAUCAUGGGCAUGGAAUUCUUCACGAAUGGUUGAUUUGUUGGUGAAACCAUAUAUUACCUUGGUGGAAUAAUUAGUGAAGGCAAUGACAAAGAAUCGAUUGAAGUGAAUCCGGCUCCAUACAAUGUAGUGCUUGAAGGUGACACCUGCAAAGGACAAAUUAAGGUCGGAUACAAAUUCAUCAUGAAAGAAGAAAAGCCUAUAGAAACGAGAGAAUUUACGGAGACAAUCAACUCGAAGCUCCCUUAUUAAUCUAUGGAAAAAUGUCAUGGUUUAGGUUCUUGUUCUACUGGAUUGUUAUGAAUACAAAAAAUGAUCAGAAGGAAACAUAAGUGAAGCAUGCUUCAGCAAUUUCAUGGAAUCAAUAUGAUGUUAUUCAUUUUUCUUUGCUGAAGUGGUGAUGAAUGGUCAGAGGUUCAUGCAUUUGUCUCCAGAAGAAGUAUUUGACAUGCUUUUGUUUAUAGAGAGACAUAUUUGACCUGAAUUAAUUUCAUUCCUAAAUAAUAAUAUCAACGUUUCUCUCUCA